UUCUUGCAGAAAUUGUUUGGCUUCCUUUUGGAGUAUAUUGGGGAGUUAGCAACUCUGGAUUUACCAGAGCUCAGAACCAUUGACAAACUGGUCCUGCCAUUGUACAAUCUUUGCCAGAUGUUUCCUGAGGCAGCCAGUGACAGUAUUAAGUUUAUCCUUCGAGACGCUGCACAUGAUAUGGAAGAAGUAAUUGAAGUCAAAGGCCGUGCGACAUUUCCAGGGUUAGACACGCUUAUUUAUUUGAAAAUUACAUCUCUGCUGUUUCCAACCUCUGACUUCUGGCAUCCAGUUGUAACACCUGCUUUUAUGUACAUGAGUCAGCUACUCACUAAGUGUCGCAUCACAACAUUGCAAGAUGUUAUUAAAGGGUUAUUUAUAUGCUGUUUGUUCCUGGAAUAUGUAUCUCUUUCCAGAAGAUUUGUACCAGAACUCAUCAAUUUUCUUCUUGGAGUACUUCACAUCUCUCUACCCAAAAAGCAGGCCCAGGGCUGUACUGUAGUGCAUCCAUUUACACCAGCGGGGAAAAAUUCAGAACUGCUUUUGGUGUGUGAUAAGAAGGAUCUGGAAAGUUGGCAGAAGCAAAAUCUGCCAUUGAGUAUUGUGACUAGAUUAAAGGAAACCAGCACAACAGAAAUGAAUCAUAUCAGGUUAUCAUGUUUAGCCCUGUGUUUUGACCUUAUUAAAAAAUGUGCAGCUCUGUAUGAGACUUUACCAUCGUUCCAUGAAAUAAUGCAUUCUGUCAGAAUUAUCCUUACACAACAUGUGCCAGUGAAUGAAUAUCCUGAAAAAAUGCAGGAAGGGUAUCGCAGUGCUCUGAAAGAGCUAGAGAACAAAGUAAAACACUAUCCUCCACUGAUAUGUGAGAAAAAGAAGCCAGUGCCAUUGAAACAGUAUACACCUAAAAUGGUGAAAGUUCUAGAGUUUGGAAGAAAGCAGGGAGGCAGCAAGGAGGAGCAAGAAAGAAAGCAGCUGAUUCGGAAGCAUAAACGUGAACUUAAAGGAGCCAUUCGUGAAAUUCGGAAAGAUAACCAGUUUCUGGCUAGAACACAGCUGUCAGAAACCAUGGAGAGAGAUUCAGCCAGAAAAAGAAAAGUGAAAGAGCUUCUUGGUAGCCUCGCUACACAGGAAGGUGAAUGGAAGGCAAUGAAAAGGAAAAAAGGGAAGAAUUAA